AUGUCAUUAUUGUUACGCCGACCACUAGGCCGUGAGGCUUUCCCAGGGGAUGUUUUCUAUUUACAUUCCCGUCUCUUAGAAAGAGCCGCUAAACGAUUGGACCAGACAGGCGCAGGUAGCUUGACCGCCUUACCCGUCAUUGAAACACAAGCUGGAGACGUAUCAGCCUAUAUUCCUACUAAUGUGAUCCCCAUUACUGACGGACAAAUCUGUUCGAAAACAGAGCUCUUUUAUCGCAGAAUUAGACCUGCUAUUAAUGUCGGCUUAUCUGUCAGUCGUGUUGGGUCUGCCGCUCAGUUGAAAACUAUGAAACAAGUCUGCGGUAGUUCAAAACUGGAAUUGGCACAAUUACGUUUAUUAGAAGUGGACAAUCGAGUGGUUGUACCAGCCAAAAGUCAUCUACGUAUCGCCGGACCGCCCCCGCCGAUGAAUAAUAGGUACCACCACUCCAGGCAGAGUUAG